CGACCAGCUCUGCACCUUCACUCUUUCGCUAAGAUGCCUCCCAUGGCCUUCACGGGCCUUGUCACCAAGGUCGGAUUUAUGAACAAGACGGCGACGGUGACUGUCUCGCGCUGGGUGUUCCACAAGCUCACUGGCAAGCGCAUACUCAGGAGUACCAAGCUUCUCGUGCAUGACGAGAAGAACCAGCUGCGAAUGGACGACUCUGUUCUUAUCCGUAAUUGCCCACCCAUCUCCGCGCGCAAGCGCUUCACGUUGGAGAAGGUGGUCAAGAGCCCUGAACAGGAGCGCGAGCGUGCGCACGCGGGCCUGCAACACGCUACGGAGACACCAGCCCCGCCACCACCACUGGAAGCGCAGCCUACUCUAUCCGCUUGA